AACACGUUUAUUUUUUAACGAUUAUGUAACAAAAAAGUAUUUGUUUACGUAAAAAGUGAGUGAAUAAACUUCAAGAUGUCUUUUGAACAAGAAGAAAAAAGUGCUAUUGCCGUCAUCGAUACGUCAGAAGAAAGAGAAUUUUGCAAUAAUUCAAUCGAAGUUAUAAGGAAAUGCCCUCAACAGGAUGCGAUAAAUACUUCUUGGGAUCGUAAUAUUAUUUCCUCUCAUGAAAACAAUAAGACACCUCCGUUUGUGAGCAUCAUGGGCACUGACGACCUCAAUUCUAGUUCGGGGAAUGCCACCAGCAGUUCCACACAAACGGAACCAUUUGUGACUCUGCCAGUUAACUGCAGCUUUGUUGACGUGAGCCUUUCCUUUAGCAAGGACUUCAACGUGCAGGAAUCAACAUCGAAUGAGACUUUAGAACAGUCAGUAGGAUCUAAACGUUAUAGACGGGACUCCAGUGAUGGAGAAAAUAAAGAAAUGCAGCCUUGGAAAAAGAAGUGUUCAGGUUCUUGUUCAUCAAGCACGUCUGAUCUGACUGAUCCUCAAGUAGAGCAGGGGCCACCGUCUUCCUUGUCUACUAUGGGUGCGCUGACACAGAAUAGCAUAAAGGUGGAAUUAGAGAUAGAAUGUGCUUUGGAUACUGGACAGUUGAGUGAUAUGGAGUGGUUCAUGUUGUCAGGUGGGACGCCGCGAAAGGAGAGGAACCACCGCCGCAACAGCAAGCCCAAAACUUGGAAAAUCGUCGACCUCUGUGCGUGGAUCGGAAGAAAGGGCUAUCAAUCAAUCACUGGACUGUACUCCGACAUACUGCGCGAGCCGCUAGUUCAUCAGAAAAAUAAUGAAAAUACAGAAGAGUUACGAGAGCUAAGAAUUUAUUUAAAGGAAGUAGAUAAAAAGCAGGAACGGCUGGCCCAAGAAAAUGAGACAUUAAAAGAAGGCAUGAAAAUGAUGAUGCAAAAAAUAGAACAACUCGAGGGUAAGAUCAGAAAGCACGAAAGUACACCGAGUUUUCAAUGUCCUCCGCCACCACCGCCGCCACCACCACCACCGCCACCGCCACCGCCGCCUUCUUCUAUGACAAAAUUACCCGUCCGAUCACACACCAUACCUAGAUGUGGUUCGGCACCACCUAGAAUUGUGGGACCCCGGCUCGCUAUUACACCACAAGACAUCGCUAAUGUCAAACUGAGAAAGACAAGGGAUAAUCCAGUACGUGCGAAACCUGAUCUGAAACAAACUCAACAGCCGUUAGUGACCCAACAAAUGCUUCAGUCAACGCGCGCGAAAUUAGGACGUGCUCGUCCUGUUGCAUCCUCAACCCCUAAGCAACUACUCUCAGAAUUAGAAAAAUGUUUGCUGCAAGAAUCGACAGUUUCAUCUCUAUAUCGAAGACGAGUCGCUCGAAACACAUUUAGAAGCGCGGAGGAACUCAGGCCUAGGCCAUAUCCCGCAGCACGGUGUUCAAGAUCUCCCCUUUCACCCCGAUCACCCCGAUCCAACUCCAUACCUCGAGUAAAACCUAUGUCACCUCUAAAAUUUCCUAAUGGAACUACACCCAAUAAUAAUAAAUUAAAUACUUAAUUGUCAAUCAAAUUAGACAAUGUUUUGAAGAUUAGACUGAUUGAUAGUAGUAGGAUAAAUGAAGCGAGAAAUAUUGAGUUUAUAGCAUGCGUGCAUAAGACUUUUUGUAAAUCUACCUAAAGAUUUGAAUUUAAUGUGCAUGCAUGAGUGAUGGUGAUUUGAUUGCUAAUAAUAUUGGCUUUUAUACGUAGAAAUCUACAAUUGACAUUAUUUUCUUCAAUUUUUAUAUCUAUUUGUAAGUCGUUCUAGAAUCGCAGGCGCAUUCCACGAUAACGUUGAUUUAAAACAGAUUUGUAGAAAAUACAAACUGCCUAUACAAUUUUUUAAAACAAACAGAAUAGGUAUUUAUUGGAACCCCAUUUUUGGAGAUAUAUUUCUUCUAUUGAAAUAGCACUCAAAGUACAGAUCAUAAUAACAUAUCCAUGACCUAGGUAUACUUAACGCGCUUGAUCUUUAUUACAAGUUAAUGUAAUUUAUUGUGUUUUUAACUAAAUGAUUAUCUAACUAUUGAGUUCUUAAGACAUAAUGGUUCACAAACCAGACAACAGC